AUAUCAGACUUCUUUCUGUAUCCAGGCGUGUCGUCUCGGUCGUGUAUGGAUUACCAUUAAAAUGGCCGUGCCUAAGCAGACGACACAACUUUAAUUUAUUUUGUUAUGUGCUUAGUACCCCAUUAUUUGUCAUUUUGUUGAGUUAUAGUUAUUUAAAUACAUAUAUAGUGACAUAAGUGUUUUACUCUUUUAAAUAAAUUGUUUAUAAAAUAAUUGUUACUGUGCAGAUUUAAAUAACAAGUGAUGUGAAAAUUAAACGGUACACUCACUAGAUAAGAAUAAGGAUAAUUUAAUUACUUUAUUAAAGAAUGGAUUCUCCAAGUAUUGAUGUCAAGUUUAUUGAACUAUCGACAUUUAUGUGAUUAACAUUGUCGAUUUUCGUAUCAAGAUGCGGGAGGUGUUCAACGUGAUCCCUUGGAGGCUACCAGGGAUCUAAAAUAAUGAAAAAAAAAAUUGCUUUUUUUUUUUUUUAACUGAUAAUUAAAAGCAAAAAAAGAGAAAUAUAUAAAUAAUUAUAAAAAACAAAAACAAAAUGUCAUUUCUGUCGAAUCUGAAGAAGGCAUUUCACUUCGGUGGUAAUGAUGCUAAAAAGAAAAAAAUAUAUAAUAAUAUUAAAAUGGACUGCGAUCCAUCUGAAUUUUGGGACAUGAUUGGCGAACUUGGAGAUGGUGCUUUUGGUAAAGUUUACAAGGCGCAGCACAAACAGACGCAACAGCUGGCUGCUGCAAAAAUGUGCGCAUUAGAAGGCGAAGAUGAUUUAAGUGAUUUUAUGAUAGAAAUUGAUAUUUUAUCUGAAUGCAAACAUGUCAAUGUCGUUGAGCUGCACGAAGCUUAUUUUAUCGAUGGAAAAUUAUGGAUGUUAAUUGAAUACUGCGAUGGUGGUGCUGUCGAUUCGAUAAUGGUUGAAUUAGAAAAACCAUUGACUGAGCCACAAGUAUCUUAUGUAUGUCAACAAAUGACCAAAGGCCUUUCUUUUUUACACAAAUCUAAAAUAAUUCAUCGAGAUUUAAAAGCCGGAAAUGUCUUACUGACAAUGGCCGGUGGUGUUAAAAUCGCUGACUUUGGUGUAUCCGCAAAGAAUAAACAUACGUUGCAGAAACACGAUACUUUUAUUGGUACCCCGUAUUGGAUGGCUCCGGAAGUUGUUUUGUGUGAAACAUUUCGUGACAAUCCCUACGACUUCAAAGUCGACAUUUGGUCACUUGGAAUAACAUUAAUUGAAUUUGCUCAAAUGGAACCGCCAAAUCAUGAAAUGUCACCAAUGCGAGUACUUUUAAAAAUUCAAAAAAGUGAUCCGCCAAAAUUAGAGCAACCGGGAAAGUGGAGCAAAGAAUUUAAUGAUUUUAUUGCUAAAGCACUAAUAAAAGAUCCUCAAACCCGACCAACUGCUGAUGAACUUCUCAAGCAUCCAUUCAUUAAUCGUACACUUGAUUCAAAACCCAUUCGUGAUCUUCUUUUAGAGUAUAAAGCUGAUGUUGUUGAAGAGGAGCUCGUUGAUGAGGAGGCUGAAGAGCAACGCACAUCGCAGUUACCUCUGGAGUUGGACCAACUCGGAGAUGAUUCAGCAUCGAUGCGCAGCGACACUGAAAUUAAACUUGUUGAAAAGGAGAAUCUUGUGUCGCCGGGAUCACCGAAAAAAGAAGAGAGUAAUAAACGUGAAAUAAAUCGUGACGGCGAUAAUGAAGAAAAGAAUAAAAAAAUUCGUAAAACAGAAUCUAAAGAAAAUAUUCCUGCGUCUGUUGAUAAGAAAACUGCACCAAAACCUCCAGCACCAUCUGAAUUAAAUGAACGCCGCUCCUCUCGUGAUAAAGGACCAGCACCACCUCCACCUUCCGUACGACGAAACAGUAAAAAUGAAGAUUUUGAGUAUACGUCAAAGGCCGUAGAGAAAUCUAACUCGGGAGAAGUGAGCGAGCGUUCAUCAAAUGACACUAAAGAACAAGAAAAAGCUAAACUAGAAAAUAGUUCAAAUAACGUUUCUGCUGUACCUUCAGUAUCGAUGGAUAAAAAAAUAAAAGACAAAAUUGAAGAUAUUGCAGCAGAUGCGAAUAUGAAUAUAAAGAAAAUUGACUGUACAAAGGAUAUUAAUAUUGAAGAUAAAAUAGAACCAUUGGUUACUAAAUCUGAUGGAGAGAACUCGGAGAUACCAUUCACCACAAAGCGAGAUUCUGUUGAAGAAUCUAAGAGAUCCCAGGAAAAAAUACCAGAAGCUUCAAAAGAUGAAAAACAUCAACCAAAAAGUCGUAAGAACGUUGACGCGAAACGUCGAUCAGUCGAAGAAAAACUCACCGCAGUAUUAGAGAAACGUAUUUCCAUGGUGUCAGACAAGUACCAGCCGCCUGUCAUAAUGGAAAAAAAUGUCAAGGCGAGUUCCGUAGAAAAUAUAAAAACCGACUACGAAUCAUCUCCAAAACUCGAGUUGACCAAAAGCCGCAGUAUCGACUCAUCAAGACUAGAUCCUUCAGACUCUAAAUUUACUCCCGAGUUCACCAAAAGUCCUUUCUCUCAGGGCGAUUCGAGCACCGAUCGUAAUAUCGACAAUCGCGAUCCAAAUGUCAACGUGUCAGUCAUAACAUCGACUCCAAAUCGUGUCGUAAAUCGCAGCACCGCCAGGAGAGACAGUGGAGAUGUCGUAGUAAUAACAGGAAAGCCUUCAGAUCUAGAUAUCCGGUCUCCGUCAUCGACAACCGUCCGCAUAACGUCAGAGUCUCCCGACCCGUCAAAUAGUUUGGCUUCAAAUAUAAGUCAGGUAACAGUCGUGACAACUCACCCGCCGGUUUUAAUUGACGCAACCUCGCCUCCUCAUUUACGACCUCCGUCAUCAUCCGAAGUAGUGAUCGUUGCUAACGAAACAAACAAGACCCAAGUCAACGAAAGUUCAACAGACGACGACGGAUUUACAAGUUUGGAUUCACUAGAGUACACGCCCCAGGAACAGCCGAUCGUCGUCACAGAAUCGUCUAAGAAAAUCGGGAAAAAAUUGGACGAGUCCGAGGUGAUCAUCGUCAGUCCAAUCGUCGACGAGCUACAAGACACUAGUCACGUGUCUGUGGUCACUGUCGGCGACGAGAAAGAACAAGUAAAAGAUUCGUCAAUUAUUUCACCUAAAAAUCCUGCAAAAUCUGGAUCCACUCGUGGUAAUUUCGGCUCGGAAGUAUUGAGCGGAGAUGAAACGGGUAAAAAUUCAAUGGUUGUUUCAGGUACGACCGUAGAGUCAACGGAUGUUGACGACUUCAGUGUCAGUACGAAAAAACUAAAUGGGAUUACAAAUAAACCAAAAGAUUUGAAAACAAAACGAAUUUCAUCAGAAUGUUAUGAUGGGUCUCGUUCUCACAGCGACUCAAGCUCGCGAUCUCACACUCCGAAUAAAAGUAUCGAUCGUUCGGAUGCCGAGUCGAUUUCGACGACGAUAAGUCAGGACAGCCGGGGGUCAAAUAAAGAAAAUAAUGCGGAGUCCCGUCAGACUGAAGAAGUUGACACUGUGGUUUUGAGACGGAAACCCGAGUAUACUCGUGAGGUCACGCGCACUAGGACGAAAGAAGACAUUCAGUUGAUGAACCUGAAGAAGAAAACGCGAAAGCGAACUAGGAAAUUUGAAAUAGACGGGAUUGUUGUGACAACGACCACUUCAAAAGUAAUUUACGGUGAUGAUGAAAACGGACGCGUAUAUGACGACCAAAUUUUCCGGAAACAAGAACUGCGAGAACUGAAAAUGCUCCAGAAAAUGGAGCAGAAACAGUUCCAAGAUCUGACACAAAAAGCGCAAUUUACUAAAGACCAGCAGGAGAGAAAAUUUGAACAGGAGAGACAGAUGUUGGAACGCGGCGCGGACACUGAUCUCGAUAAUUUAUCGAAAAAUCAGCGGCAACAAAUAGAGCGAGCUGAGGCUCAGCAGGAAGCGGAUCUUCGCUUGGCGUCGAGAAAAAUUCGCAGUGAGCAGGACCGUGACUUGAAACAAUUCCGCGAAGGUUUGAAACAGGAGUUGAGACUUUUGAAACAGGAAGUUGAUUUAAUGCCAAAGGAGAAACGGAAGAAUGCAUUCAAAGUGAGAAAAGAUAAACUGGAGGCAGAGCAUGAGGAGAGAGAAAAAUUGUUCGUUGACAAGUUACACGAAAGUCAUGACAUGUCACUGAGAAGACUCUCGGAUUCGCAUCGGGAAAAAAUCGCGCUGAUGGAACGUCAAUUUUUACAGCAGAAGCAGCAACUGAUGCGCGCGCGUGAGUCCGCGAUCUGGGAACUGGAGGAACGUCAGAUUCAUGAAAAACAGCAGUUACUAAAAAAGCAACUGAAAGAUAUAUUUUUUUUGCAACGUCAUCAGAUGCUUAUACGGCAUGACAAAGAAUUGGAGCAGAUGAAGCGAAUGAAUUUGAGGAAAGAAGAAGAAUUGAUUAAACGUCAAACGAUUGAGCGCAGGAAUUUACCGAAAAGAAUAAGAAAUGAAAUGAAGGCUAGAGAAAUGAUGUUCAGAGAAUCAAUGAGGAUUUCUAUUUCUACGACUCUCACUCCGGAUCCCGAUGCUGAGAGGGAAAAACUUAAGAAAUUUCAGGAAAAUGAGAAGAAACGUUAUCGUGCUGAACAGCAGAGAUUUGAACUUAAACACGCGAGACAACUGGAAGAAAUGAGAGCACAGAGUGAUGCUACUAUUAAAGAGCUUGAGCAGUUGCAAAAUGAGAAGAGGAAGAUGCUUAUGGAGCAUGAAACGAUGAAACUUAAAGAGCAAGAGGAAACUUACACUAAAGAACUGAGGGAAUGGAAGGCUCAGUUGAAACCUCGAAAGCAGAGACUAGAAGAAAUAUUUGUAUUACAAUUGGAAGAACAAGAGGCAAUAUUUGGUCCAAAUGCAACUCCUCUUUGCCUACCAUCAGAUCUUCCAGAUUUGACUCAUCAUACAGCCGGUUCGACACGAAGUUCACUGUCUUCUGUAAGCGAGGGUUGAAAAUAUUUAAAUAUAAUACUAAAUAAUACAUUUUUAUUAACGAAUCACUCACCAAAAAAUUUAAUUAUAAUACACAAUUUUCAUAUAUACAUAUAUAUAUAUAACUUUUAUAUGUAUAUAUAUAACCUAUAAAAUUAAAUGGCAUUAUAAUCACAUUGUUCUUCCAUUAUUCAAUGGUUAGUCUUCUGAUUUAUUUAUUUUUUUAUUUAAUUCACUAAGUGAAUUAGUUUUGGUCUAAAAAAAAAGUAAUAAUUUAAAAAAAAAAAAACUGUUCUUCCUUAUAUUAUUUAAAAUGAUAAUACGUUUAAAAAAAAAUCUAAUAAGACUUUGCAAUUAUUAAUUAUGCAAACAAUAAAACGUAAAGUAAAAUUGUAAAUAAUUUUUUUGAAUUUUAAAAAGCGAAAGUAAGUUAGGGUACAAAAAAAAAUAAUCCGCCCGAAAAAAAUUUUUUAAACUUAAAACUGUCAAUGAAACAUAAUAAGUAAGACUAAAAAAAUAAAUAUGGCUUAUUUAAUGUAUGGUAAUAAAUAAAAUAAAUUACUUACUUAGUGGUAAUUCGUAUAGCGACGAAUUCGUAAAAUAACUUGACUGUUUAAGAAUAAAUAAAAUAAUAUAUGUUCGAUUAUUAAAUUUUAUACGGUAUUAAAAUCCAAAAAUAAAUAGUUGAGCAUUUAUAAUAUAUUAUAAUUAAUUAAAUAGAUAAAUAUUAAUAUUUAUUGUCUAUUUUAAUAAUAAACAAUUUUGAUUGUUUAUAUUAAUAAAUUAAUUAAUUACUAACGCUAUAUAUGAAGUGUAGUAUCAAUAUGAAUGGUUACGAUGCAUUAUCAUUUUGUUUAUUUAGAAAUUUAUUUUUCAAUGUAUACGUAGACGACGACAACAAAAAAAAAAUAAAAGACGAAAAGUGAUUAAUGUGAGUAAUGAAUGGUUGGAUGCGUGAAUGUUUUUAAAUAAAUCAUUAGAUUACAUUCAGUAUAUCAUAUAAUUAUAUGUAUAUGUACACAGAAAGGAAGAAUUUCUUGCUUCAAGAAAAUUUUUUCUCGCUCCUAGAAAAUUUUUGUCUCAGAAUGUAAAAAUUUUCUUUGGGCGAGUUAAAAGAUGUUGCACCAAGAAAUUAUUUUUUUCUAUAUAUAUAUAUAUAAGUAAAAUACUUUUUAAAGUAAAUAUAUAAUAAAACGAACGGAACGUAUUUUUUGUAAAUAUAUUUUUAAAUUAAGAUUCUUAUUAAAUUUUACUCAUUUAUCAAAUUAUUAAUAAAUCAGAAUGAUUUUAAAAAAAAAAUUUUUUUUUUUGUCGAUAAUUAUUUUUUGAUAAAAGUGCGGAAGUGGUAAAAAAAUAUAAGUUGUCUUUUUAACCUCAAUGUUAUCAAAAAUAUAAAAAAAAAAAAUUAAUAGUAAAAAAAGUAAAAUUUUUAUUUAUUAUUUUUCCAUUCCAUUUUCUAAAAAUCAUAUAAUUAAUGGUAAUAAUCUUUUGUUGAUCGAUUUAUUUGAAAUUUCAUUAUUACUGCGAAGUAAACAAAAAAACCAGUUAUUUUAAAUUAAUAUGAAGUGACAUUUAUAGAAUGGUGUUCAAUCAAAUUCUUAUUAUUAUAAUU